AUGAUUAUUCGUUCGCCGGAACCAGAAGUUAAAAUUGUUGUGGAUAGGGAUCCUGUAAAAACAUCUUUUGAGGAAUGGGCCAGACCCGGGCAUUUCUCAAGAACAAUAGCUAAGGGUCCCGAUACUACCACUUGGAUCUGGAACCUACAUGCUGAUGCUCACGAUUUCGAUAGUCAUACCGGUGAUUUGGAGGAGAUCUCCCGAAAAGUCUUUAGUGCUCAUUUCGGUCAACUCUCCAUUAUCUUUCUUUGGUUGAGUGGGAUGUACUUCCACGGUGCCCGUUUUUCCAAUUAUGAAGCAUGGCUAAGCGAUCCUACUCACAUUGGCCCCAGUGCUCAGGUAGUUUGGCCAAUAGUAGGGCAAGAAAUUUUGAAUGGUGAUGUAGGCGGGGGUUUCCGAGGAAUCCAAAUAACCUCUGGGUUUUUUCAGAUUUGGCGAGCAUCCGGAAUAACUAGUGAAUUACAACUCUAUUGUACCGCAAUCGGUGCAUUGAUUUUUGCAUCGUUAAUGCUUUUUGCUGGUUGGUUCCAUUAUCACAAAGCUGCUCCCAAAUUGGCCUGGUUCCAAGAUGUAGAAUCCAUGUUGAAUCACCACUUAGCGGGGUUAUUAGGACUUGGGUCUCUUUCUUGGGCGGGACACCAAAUCCAUGUAUCUUUACCGAUUAACCAAUUUCUCGACGCUGGGGUUGAUCCUAAAGAGAUACCACUUCCUCAUGAAUUUAUCUUGAAUCGCGACCUUUUGGCUCAACUUUAUCCUAGUUUUGCCGAAGGAGCAACUCCCUUUUUCACCUUGAAUUGGUCCAAAUAUGCAGAAUUUCUUAGUUUUCGCGGAGGACUAGAUCCAAUAACCGGUGGUCUAUGGUUGAGCGAUAUUGCACACCAUCAUUUAGCUAUUGCUAUUCUUUUCCUGAUCGCUGGUCAUAUGUAUAGGACCAACUGGGGUAUUGGUCAUGGACUUAAAGAUAUUUUGGAGGCUCAUAAGGGCCCAUUUACAGGACAAGGCCAUAAGGGUCUCUAUGAAAUCCUAACAACGUCAUGGCAUGCUCAAUUAUCUCUUAACCUAGCUAUGCUAGGCUCUACAACUAUUGUUGUAGCUCAUCAUAUGUACUCUAUGCCCCCCUAUCCAUACCUAGCUACCGACUAUGGUACACAACUUUCCUUGUUCACACACCACAUGUGGAUUGGCGGAUUUCUAAUAGUCGGUGCUGCUGCACAUGCAGCCAUUUUUAUGGUAAGAGACUAUGAUCCAACUACUCGAUACAACGAUCUAUUAGAUCGCGUCCUUAGACACCGCGAUGCAAUCAUAUCCCACCUUAACUGGGUAUGUAUAUUUCUGGGUUUUCACAGUUUUGGCUUGUACAUUCAUAAUGAUACCAUGAGUGCUUUAGGCCGUCCCCAAGAUAUGUUUUCGGAUACCGCCAUACAAUUACAACCCAUCUUUGCUCAAUGGAUACAAAAUAUCCAUGCUGGCGCGCCUGGCGUAACAGCUCCUGGUGCAACAACAAGUACCAGCUUAACGUGGGGAGGCAGCGAGUUAGUAGCUGUAGGCGGCAAAGUGGCUUUGUUACCUAUUCCAUUAGGAACCGCAGAUUUUUUAGUCCAUCACAUUCACGCAUUUACUAUCCAUGUGACUGUAUUAAUACUUUUGAAAGGUGUUUUAUUUGCUCGCAGUUCCCGUCUGAUACCUGAUAAAGCAAAUCUUGGCUUUCGCUUCCCUUGCGACGGGCCUGGGCGAGGGGGAACAUGUCAAGUAUCCGCCUGGGAUCAUGUUUUCUUAGGUCUAUUCUGGAUGUAUAAUUCCAUUUCGGUAGUUAUUUUCCAUUUCAGUUGGAAAAUGCAGUCGGAUGUUUGGGGUACUAUAAGUGAUCAAGGGAUAGUAACUCAUAUCACAGGGGGAAACUUUGCACAGAGUUCCAUUACGAUUAAUGGUUGGCUUCGAGAUUUCUUGUGGGCACAGGCAUCCCAAGUAAUUCAGUCUUAUGGUUCUUCAUUAUCCGCAUAUGGUCUUUUUUUCUUAGGCGCUCAUUUUGUCUGGGCUUUCAGUUUAAUGUUUUUAUUCAGCGGCCGUGGUUAUUGGCAAGAACUCAUUGAAUCUAUCGUUUGGGCUCACAACAAAUUAAAAGUUGCUCCUGCUACUCAGCCUAGAGCCUUGAGCAUUAUACAAGGACGUGCUGUAGGAGUAACCCAUUACCUUCUGGGUGGAAUUGCCACAACAUGGGCAUUCUUCUUAGCGAGAAUUAUUGCAGUAGGAUAG